AUGUCUUCUUGCGAGUCUCCGCAUCACAAGGAGCUACGGGAUGCGCUAUGUGCAAUCAAGAAAGAUAUUGAGGGCCUUGAACCAUAUCAAUUUGAUUACAGUCAACUGAAGACUCACAAUAUAUACGCCUCACUCAUGGAUCUGAACGAAAGCUCCAGCAUCAAGCCUAGAUUUUUCAUGCCAUGUGAUGCUUCUUUAUUGUUGAUCAAUCCGGAUGCUACAUACGACCAGACAAGGUCAGCAUAUAACGAAUUUGAUUCAAUCAGCCCAGAUUUCGGACGUCCUAUCUACUGUGCGCGCUGGAUGAUCAGUUAUUUCUCUUAUUAUAUCGUUGCUAGCGCUAUCCAUAGCAAAGACUUCAUCCUUGACGAGUUGUGGUCUGGUGUCAGCACUAGUGAUGAGCCUUGGAGAGGCUUAUGGGAGGAUGAGUAUCUUGAGUAUGGGACCAUCAAGGCCCAUCAAGUUCUUCUUUUCUCCUUCAUGGGGCCCCAACAUGCUCGGGUUAUUGAAGCAUAUCUCAGUGGCACCUCGUUUAUCAUGCGUACAACCCCGCUAUUUGAUCUUCGUAAGAAGGACGAGGCCUUAGUUAAAACCUUUGGGCAGUGGUACCUUGGAGAGCUGACGGGAAAUACGAAACAGCUUUGGAAGCUGUGA